AUGGUUGCAUGGAACUUAAGAAUCAGUGUGUAUUACAAGUGUAUUAUUGUCGAUGAUGAUGGCCACUUCAAUUUCCUCAACACCGCGGAAGCAAUAGCGAGAUGGCUCAAGUGGCUUGGGCAACGUGACAGUAUCCCAGCCCUCGUGCUUCCUUCGGGUGGCAUAAAAGCUAGGCACCGGAAGGGUGAUACGGCUAAGAGAAUAACUGUUCAUCAUAUGGCAGUUGAUCUGUUCGCCGAGCUUGGCAACUGGCUUGCAAACGUUUCGUCCCCAGUCGAGGAGAUAUCGUCAUUGAAUGGGUUUCACAAUGGAAUUGGACCCAUUCAACUGUGCACUGACGAUGUCCCCUCGAAUGAGAAGACGAAACGUUUGCAAGCCAAUUGCCAAGCCCGGCGAACAGAUCAACUGCUAUCUGAUCAACCACCAGUAACCAAGAUUCCUACAACUAAACACGCUGUUGUGCCGAAUCGGCCGUCGAUUGAGCACAACGGGUCAGCUAAAACAGGCUCCUGCGAAUGUCCCCAGUUUUUCUAUUUCACACACUUUUCCCUUCCCCUCCACUCCCCUCAUUCCACUAAUGACACCAUUCGUGCGAACCAAUCACUUAGGAUCGACGACUUCGUUCAUCUUGUGUCGGUCUUGGUCGUAAUACCUGCCCGUCACCUGGCGGCGAUAGAUACUGUUGAGCUAUGGCAGUUCUUCGAAGAUAGUGGAUCGACAUGCUUCUUGCCGACUUGCGAGGGCCUGAACGGAAGCGAACUGUCAGGCGUGCACGCACCACUGUGUGAUCGGAAUCAAGUGGUUUGCCCCAGAAGGAACGGCAGUCUUGAAUUGUGGCUCUCCACCGGUGCCGGGUCCACGGUUGAUUUGUAG